UGACGCCAGAACGUCAUCAUCCUGUAGGCGGAAAAGCGGUAGUGCUAUAAGUGCCCCAAAAGCCAAACCGGCUGUUUUUAUUCGCGACUUUAAGCACAGGUGGUCUCAUAUAGUAAAGUAAGUCUUUGCUGGUGUGAGGAAUGGCGCUUCCUGCGGGUCAGACAGAGCUGCAAAUGGACAGAGGCGCCCUGAGCGGACAGACAGUUCCCUCUGAAAACAACAUAGACAUCGACGAGAAAGAGUUGGAUAAUAUCACAAAGAAACACCGAGAAGACGAUACGACGCUGCCUUUGCAUUCGCCAUGGACAUUUUGGCUAGACAGGUCAUUACCAGGUACAACGGCAGCUGAAUGUGAGUCUAACCUGAAGAAGAUCUACACAGUGCAGAGUGUUCAGAUGUUUUGGAGUGUAUACAACAACAUUCCCCCUGUGACAGCAUUGCCUUUGAGAUGUAGCUAUCACUUAAUGAGAGGGGAAAGGAGGCCACUGUGGGAGGAAGAAAGCAACGCAAAAGGAGGAGUGUGGAAGAUGAAAGUACCAAAAGAAAGCACUUUGACUGUAUGGAAAGAGUUGUUACUAGCGACAAUUGGGGAGCAGUUUGCAGAUUAUUGCGCCUCAGAGGACGAGGUUGUCGGUGUUAGUGUAAGUGUUCGGGAUCGUGAAGAUGUUGUACAAGUGUGGAAUAAAGAUGCUACUCUUGCUAACGAAGCUAAUAUCCUGGGGAAAGUCUAUGAACUCCUGCCAUUCAUAUCUUUUAAAGCUGUUUUUUAUAAGUCUCACAUGGAACAUCACGCCUUUGAGGGAGGACGCUCAAGACACUAGAACCGUGCACUUUGAUUUAUUUGAAAGCUGAACUGUUCCUGCCUUUGACGUAAAGACACUGUCCACAACAUUGUCAAGGGUAUUUUACGUUAUUCAAAGAAAAGUUAAAACUAUAUUUUUAUAACUUACUGAUGCCUUGCUUCACUAAGGAUAAUUUAGGUUAACAAAAGUCCAGUUUAUGUUAGAUCAUGUUGUGGUUGACUUCCUUCUAAGUUGAACAUAAACUGUUGCUGUCCUGUUCUCAGCACGCCCGAUGGACCUCAGUUGUUUCCCGAUAUAAAGCUAAUGGCUAUGUAAUCUAGCGUACUGUUUCCUGUGUUAGAUGUUGCAGUGCAGAUCAUGGUUUGUUCUUCUGUGCCAAAGCACUUUUUUUUUUAUUCUAGCAUUCUUUCAGUGUUUCAGUGUGAGGCUGGUUGCCCAUCUCUACAGCUAUAGUGAAUUUCUGUGAUGUAUGUUCUUAUAUGUCAACUGUCAACAAAUCAGGGUAAUGCAUUUGCACAUAGUUAUAUUCCGGUCCCUCUAAUGGAAAGCCAUAUUCUAGCACAAACCCUGUAUGGACAUUAGGACUCCAGAGCUUUACUUAAACCACAGAAUUUGUUUUAGAAUGUGCCUCUUUUUUGGCCUGAGUACAAACAUGUUCGUUUAUAUUCUUGAUUUCUUCAUUUUGCCUUUGAUCAUAUGCCUGUUAUUUUUGUUAUUUUCACACCCUGGCAAUGAUACAAAAUAUAUUGUCAAGAAAUUUGGAGUAUAGUGAGAGGAAAUCCUUAAAAAAUAUCUUCAUAUUUAUAACCAGGCCCAUUCAUACAUUUGAUAUGUUCAUCUCUUGGAAUAUUUGUUUGUAAAGGUUUACUCUAUUUUCCAAUACUACAAUUCCUAAUAAUGCAUAUGACAUUCAACGAACUGAAUGUGUCAGGGACAAAAUGCUCAUAAUACAUUUUUAAAAUAGAUUAAGCAAUGACAAAUAGUGACACUGAAAAAAAUAGAUGUAUGGACUUAAUGUUAACCUUCAUACAGGGUAUAGUGACCGUUAAAUAACAGAAACUACAUAACAGUGGUAAAGCGUCGAUCAUAAGGGUGGCCUGUAGAGGGGGCUGGAUUAGAGGGAAAUUUUCAAGUUGGAUGUGGAAUGUCUGUACCUUUAAGUUUAAGUUCACAGUUCAUUUAUAGUUUAAGUACCUUUACGUUUGGACACUUUCUGUUUGGGCCUUUCAGAAUAAAACAUAAACUGAUAUUAACUUUUAGUGGACACAGCCAAAUAAAAUAUUGUUGUAAUUUUAAUGCAGUUUAUUGUUGGUACUUAACUUACUAACUAGAAGCGGCACAGUGGCUGAGUGGCUAGUACUCUUGCUUCAGUUCAAAAAGGUCUCUGCGGGUAGGGCUUCUGUGGAGUUUGCCCUUCCCCACAAACCUGAUCCUCUAGUGAGGUAGUCCCACUCAUGAUCUGGAGAUGUUUCUUGGGUUGCUCUGUGGGUGCCCACGGCUCCUGGCAGGUUGCCCCAGUGCACUGAAUUAAAAGUUUGAUACAGACGACAAGUUCCUUUGGAGGACAAUAAAGUAUGCUUCACCUUAAGUGUGCACAUCUGUUCCAAAUGAAAAUUUGCACAACUCACUGAAAACUCACAGAUUCAAGCACCUACUCAAGUGGCUAUUUUUAUUUUUUGUGUCCAGUAUCCAGGUUCCAGUGUGGGUUGUGGGUUCAGCUGUGUAGUAAAGGGCAAAUAAGCACUGCGAGUUAGGCUACUGCUUCAAACAACAUUAUGUAUUGAACCACAAGAGAUAUAUGUUGUUUUGGCAUGAAAUAUCCCAAUUGUUAUUAUACAAGUUCUUCUCUUAAUUGUCACCUUAACGGCCUGGAUUUGCCUUACUUUUGUUGUCACUACCGUGUAGACUGAACUAGUUAAACUGGAUACAAUUUAACUUGUUAAACUCAAUGACCAUGUUUUUGCAGUAACAUGAUUCAAUAAAAUGGAAAAGUGUAGUUUUA